AUGGCUAGCAAACUUGACCUUAACAGCGCUAGUGUCGAGAAGCUCGCUGGGACUCAGUCCCAGUCGGACAGCGACGAUGCGAAACCUGAAAUUGAUCCAGCAGCCGAGCGUAAGCUUCUUUUGAAGCUUGACUUGAUCAUCUACCCAGUCUUUAUUGUCAUGUAUAUGAUGUCAUUUCUGGAUCGAAUCAGUAUCAGCAAUGCGCGCAUUCAAGGCAUGGUGCCCGACCUUGACCUUGUCGGAAACCGCUUCAACAUUGCUCUGUUUGUAUUUUACGUUUCAUAUGUUCUUCUUGAAGUUCCUUCCAACAUUAUCAUCAAGCGAGUUCGACCAUCCUUAUACCUUUCCGGCAUGACCUUCCUUUGGGGUAUUACGAGCAUGUGCAUGGGGUUCGUUCACAAUUACCAGGCCCUUGUUGGAUUGCGCUUUUUGCUGGGAGUGUUUGAAGCAGGUGUCCUGCCUGGCAUUGUGUAUGUCACAUCAAUGUACUACAAGCGACACGAGCUGCAGAGGCGUUUAUCAAUUUUGAUGUUGAGUACGGUCUUGGCUGGCGCAUUCGGCGGCCUACUGGCCUAUCUUAUUACAACAAGACUUGGUGGUCGCUACGGAAUCGCAGGCUGGCGAUGGAUUUUCAUUGUCGAAGGAGCAAUGACGGCCGGAUUCGGCCUUGUCGCAGCGUUCCUUGUCAUCGACUGGCCGGAGCAGACGAGAUAUCUCAAUGACGCCGAAAAGGAGCUCUUGCGCCGUCGCUUAGCCACAGACGGUGGUGAUGUAUGCCGAAUGGACACUCUAGACAAGCCGGCCAUACGACGCAUAGUCAAAGACUACAAGAUUUGGCUGGGCGGCUUCAUUUACAUGGGCAUUACGGUUGCUGGCCUCUCGGCCGCGUUUUUCCUCCCACUUAUCAUCAAGGAGUUUCAGUACACAGCCGAAGAAUCCCAGCUCCGCACUAUUCCUGUGUACGUGGUUUCUGCUGGCACAAUGCUCAUUGCAGGCUGGGCAUCGGACAAGCUCAAACACCGCUUCGGCUUCAUCGUGCUGGGCACCGUCAUCAGCACUGUUGGCUACGCUAUGCUGUUGGCUCAAGAUGGCCACUCGCGCGAGUACAAGUUCUCGGCGGUGUUUCUCAUCCUAGGUGGCACGUCAAUGAACACACCAAUGGCACUGACAUGGCUACAAAACAACCUCUCUGGCCAUUGGAAGCGGUCUGUUGGAGCCUCUGGGCAAGUCGCGCUCGGCAACCUGGGCGGCAUCAUUGCAAGCAACAUCUUCCUCGACUCUGAGCGGCCGCACUUUCAGACCGGUUACGGUGUGUGUCUGGCGCUCAUCUGGCUUAGCGUUGUUCUAGGCCUCAUUAUGGAAGUGGCCAUGGCGCAGGAGAAUCGCAAACGCGAUGCAGGCGGCAGGGAUGACCGCUUGGAUUUGCCCAAAGACCAAGUAGAGAACUUGGGCGACGAUCAUCCCAGUUUCAGAUUUACCUUGUAA